GAAUUGAACUUAUUUUAUCCAGCCACCCAGGACCAUUAAUGGCAUCCUCUUCUUCUCAGACUCCAUCAACGUCUAAUCCUUCUGCUGCAAGACCUCCCAGUUCACCACCACAUCCCAAAACUCCUCAGCCCAUCUCCACCUUGUCUCUCUCUUCCCUUUUGGUUGGAAAUUUGGCAAAGGAUGAAAACAUAGACGAAGCUGUAGAAAAGCUCGCAUCUCCAUUUAAACUCAGACCCUCUUUGAUACAUUCACGACCGCGUUCCACAUCCACAACUUUAAACCAGCCAGCUGGAUCCCUUUUUUCCUCACCUGCGUUUGUAGGAUCCCCCCUUCACCCUCCAAGUGUCAGAAGCCUCCUCCUCUCUCCCAGUAGCAGGACCCUCUUCUCCACACCCAACUGUGGAAACCUCCAUCAAUCCUCACAGACACCAACAGCCUUUGGCCCCAAAGCCAGUGAGCAGUUCUCCACCACUGCAGGUCCAAAAACUCUGUCUUUUCCACCCGUGUCAAGUGAAGUUAACGACAACAUGCUCCUGUCAGAAGCGAUCAGAUGGGACAAAUCUCACUCAGCAACACAAAGAGUGUGUCUUCCAGCCGGUUGGCUCCACACACUGCCUGAGGUGGACCAGAGAUGGAUGUCCAAAGCUCUUUUCAAAUGGACAGCGCAAGGACAUCCUGACCUGGACUUCAGCAAGGUGGACAGACUGUGGUGGUAUCCUCCGCAAGUCCCCUUGCGCAUAACAAAUGUCCCUCAGCCCGAAGACUAUUUUGGCAGUCCCCUCCUUCUUUGGAUCCCCCAAAAACUCUGGCAAGUCAAGCUGACAUGUCCUCAUUCAGAUUGCCAUGAAGAGCUUCUGACCUCAGCUGGUCUGCAUGAGAAGGUCAGACAAGUUAUUUCUCUGGACAUAACUUACUUUGUGGCAUCUGAGUAUUUAUUUUGCAAACGAUGCAAAAGAAAGGUCAUCAGCUGGAGCCAUGCCAUCGUCUCCCAGCUGGAUGUGGGGCACAGGGGGCAGUUUCCCUGCAUCCUCACAUCCAAGCUUGCCUGUGACCUGAGGGUGGUCACUUUGAUGCGCCAGAGGGGUCUGGGAAACAGCAGCAGCCAGAUUAGGAAGAAGGUGCAGGAGAGUCAUUCAGAAGUGUGGCUGAAGAAGACUGUCCAGUACCUGCAGGACUGCAAACAUAUCAAAGGGGCUGUUGAAAAGGGUCUGAUAAGCCCGGUUACGUUUUCACCUCCCCUUCCAAUGCCUACGGUUCCGGACCACAGGUGGCUGAUGCAAGUCUACGCCCAAGAUGUUCUCCAGAGGCUGACUGAGGUCAAGGCCUCAGUAACAUCAACUUAUGGACGCAUCUUGAAGCUUGCCUCCACCAAGAAAGUGGCUCAGAAAAUGGCUGGAAGGGGUUUUGGAACAGCGACCUGGGCAACAAAUGUUGGCAAUGAGCACGGCCAAAUAAUCACGUCUGUGCUCACUGCUAGCGAAGGUUUUGGCUUGGGGCCAAUGAUAGAAGGGCUAAUAAGGAGAUAUGCAGUGGCUGGGGUACCUCCCCCUGAAGUGCUUUACGUCGACAGAGACUGCUGUGGAAACACGCUUCUUCGACGAAUGUUCCAGAAUUGGAAAGACCUUAACAUCCGCCUGGACAUAUGGCACUUCAUGAGAAGGUUUUCGGUGGGCUGCACCACUGAUUCACACCAGCUGUAUGCAUCCUUCAUGAGGCGCCUCAGCCACUGUCUCUUUAUGUGGGAUGAGGAAGAUCUGACAGCCCUCAAGAUCGCUAAACGCUCCGAACUGUCUGCCAGGCUCACCAAUCCCUCAGAAGCUGAUGUGCUGAGGUCCAUUAGCCGCAGUGAGUUAGCCCUGCACUGCAGGAGAACGACACGUGGCUCUCAGGAGACUCUGGCUCUCAUCAAAAGCCUCAUCCAAGCUUUUGACGGGGACAAUGGCUGCGACACUCUGGGGGUUCCUCUGAUCAACUCGGAACGCAUGGCUGACAUUUUAGCUGCUCAGGCAAAACAUGUGGCCUGCAUCCAGGAUCCCCCAGGCAUCCAGCUGUACACCAGGAUGGGAACAAUCCUGAAAGGAGGACAUCGUUUGCCCACAUACUGCUGUGCCAGAGGUUUAGCAUCCCUUAAAUCUUUUCAUCUUCACCUAAAUAGGUUCAUCCCUGGCACCCUGGCAAGUGAUGUCUUCUUCCAGGCCUACCUGUUAGAUGGGCUGGCCAGGUGGAAUGAAGACCGCGCUGUAGCCGCCACAUCAGACAAGCAGCAGCCAUGCUCCUACGACCAUCUCCUGCGGCAUGCUGCUAACAGUUUGUCUGAGGAGGUCCUUGGCCAGGAAAUUGUUCCCUAUACUGGGCCAAGGAAAUACACAGGUGAACUUCUGUGGGUGGAGUACCUUUACCAGCAAACUGGUAAAGUUCUCCAAGAUAACCGACAGGCUGUUGAAGAGUCUGAGACAAUGGACAUGGAGAUUGAAGACAGCUUCAAUGAACCCGAAGAGUUUGAAGACUUCACUGUGUCCACUUUGGAGCCAGUGAGGACCUUCACAGUCUCUUCAAAGUCGUCCAUCAGCAGUCUGUCAGCUCCAGACCCUCAGCCUGGCCCCUCUUGGUCUCCUCCUCCUGCUGAGGGUCCUUUAACGAGCGUGACACACUCAGCGCCUGGACCUACAUCACCAUCUCCCUCUUCAUCACCUUCCACCACCACCACCUCCGUGCCCCCUUGUGUCUUAUCCCCCAUUGAACAGAGCACUACCAAAAAAGGGACCUUGGCUGAGCCUCACUUUUUUGUGCCACCACCUAACACUGCUGGGGAGGCAAAGGUCAAACUGGAGCCACAGCUACAGACACAAGCACCCCAAAAGCUGGACUUGCCCGCUUCAUUGAGCUCUACAGCCUUCAUUGUGCCAUCAGGGUCCACUUCACUGGUUUUGGUUCCACCCAUUUUAAACGUCCCCUUCAGUGUCGUCAUGCCUCCUCCUGCUGUGCCGAUCAAAGUCUCUUUGCUGCCGUCACCUCAGGCUGCUUCAAACACACCGUACACAACACAACAAUACAGAAAGAGGAAAAUGGAAGCAGAAAAAAUGGGUGUGGUGAAAAGGAAAUACAUUAAAAAAACAGAUGCCAUGACGUGCAGCAAAUGUGGUGGAAACAGGCAGCCAACAUCCCACCGUCAGUACUUUGGGAACUGGUUCUGUGAAGCCACUGAGACUCAGUCGUAUGACAAUUGGAGGGCUGAACUAGAGAAGCGUGGAUAUGGGAAAAAAAAAGAGGGAAAAUGACCACCACCACUAUAAACAACAUGCAGUCCAUGCAAUAUUUUCCAAAGCACCGUUUGUUUUAUAUUUAAUCAUUUCUAUAUAGAGUUUGGUUUUUGGAAAGAAAUUUUUUUUUACUUUUUAUUGUCUAUAAUAUUUUAGUGUUUUCUGUAAGAAUUACGUUUUUUAAGCUUUUAGUAAGCUUUCUCCUCAAAAUUUGCAAUUUCAAUACUUAAGGAUUUGAUUCAAAUAUAAUUAUUGAAUUUUUAGAUAGACAAAGUGAUAUAGUUACCAUUUAGAAUGUUUCUUGUCAUGUCUGUUAGAAAUAUCUGCAUUAAAGAAGUUUUACAUGAA